GCCUCUGCUUCCGGUUCUGAGCUGACAGCGGCGCCGGAAUCGGGCCGGGGCUGAGGUGGGCCGAGGUGAGCGCCCACCCCCACCCCUAAGGCUGACUCGGGCCGGCCCGGGAGACGAGGCGGACUGCUGGGGGCCUGGGUUGUGGGCACAGAAAUGGAGCAGUGUGCAUGUGUGGAGCGAGAACUUGACAAAGUUCUGCAGAAAUUCUUAAGUUAUGGACAACAUUGUGAGAAGAGCUUAGAAGAGCUGCUGCACUAUGUGAGCCAACUGCGGGAGGAACUCACCAGUGCAGCUCUUCAGGGGACACCUCUCUCAGCUACACUUUCUGUAGUGAUGUCCCAAUGUUGCCGGAAAAUCAAGGAUACAGUGCAGAAGCUUGCAUCAGACCAUAAGGACAUUCACAGCAGUGUUUCCCGAGUGGGCAAAGCAAUUGACAGGAACUUUGAUGCUGAGAUUUGUGGUGUGGUCUCUGAUACUGUGUGGGACUCUAGAGAGAAGCAGCAGCAGAUUUUGCAGAUGGCAAUUGUGGAGCACCUAUACCAGCAAGGCAUGCUGAAUGUGGCUGAGGAAUUGUGUCAGGAAUCAACUUUAAAUGUGGAUCUGGAUUUUAAGCAACCUUUUCUAGAGCUAAAUCGAAUUCUGGAGGCUUUGCAUGAACAAGAUCUUCGACCAGCAUUAGACUGGGCCAUUUCAAACCGCCAGCGUCUGCUGGAGCUAAAUAGUUCCUUGGAGUUUAAGCUGCACCGACUGCACUUCAUCCGUCUCCUGGCAGGGGGCCCUGAGAAACAGCUCGAAGCCCUGAACUAUGCCCGGCAUUUCCAGCCCUUUGCACGGCUGCAUCAACGGGAGAUCCAGGUGAUGAUGGGAAGCCUUGUAUAUCUCCGCUUGGGCAUUGAGAAGUCUCCCUACUGUCACCUCUUGGACAAUAGUCACUGGGCAGAGAUCUGUGAGACCUUUACUCGAGAUGCCUGUGCUCUUCUUGGACUAUCCGUGGAGUCCCCCCUCAGUGUCAGCUUUGCUUCUGGGUGUGUGGCACUGCCCGUGUUAAUGAACAUCAAAGCGGUGAUUGAGCAGAGACAGUGCACGGGAGUCUGGAGCCAUAAGGACGAAUUGCCUAUUGAGAUUGAACUGGGCAUGAAGUGUUGGUACCAUUCUGUGUUUGCCUGCCCCAUCCUUCGCCAGCAGACUUCAGAUUCCAAUCCACCUAUCAAACUCAUCUGUGGUCAUGUCAUCUCUAGGGAUGCCCUCAACAAGCUCAUUAAUGGAGGAAAACUGAAAUGCCCUUACUGCCCCAUGGAGCAAAACCCAGCUGAUGGCAAACGUAUCAUAUUCUGAUAACGAGAAAGUCGGCUUAUUUGGUGGAGGGGACUUUCCCAUAUGCCUCAGCUGGUCUUUUGUGGGGUAGACAAGACCCUGGGAUGAACAUGUGAUAAUUCCUUCUGUGUUAUUUGAAAAGCUGGCUAUUAACAGCACUACGUAGGAAUUUGGGGGAGGGGGGCAAGGUCCUUUUGUUUGCCCCAAAACAUCUGUGUCACAAAAGAAGAUCUGUGGUUUGGAAGUUUCUUCAUUCUUUGUUAUCUGAUAAACAGAGAAUUGAAAUCUGGUGGAUAGCUGCAGGUUGGGCACAGACACUAUCCCUGCUCUAUCACCUGAUGUCUUUAUUCUUUCUGUUCUGCCUUCCCAAGGCCACGUGUCUUAUAUGCACUCCUGUGCCAGUUGUUUUGCUUAGUGUCUGUUUAAAGUAGCAACAUAUAACAUCGACAUAUUUCUCUACCUUCUUUCUCCUUCCUCUUCUGUCAUCUUGCACUGCAGUUUGUGUAUCUAGAUCUAGCUCUACAACCUUAGGCCAGCCAAUGUGUGGUGCCAGCCACUUAUUAUUGUACAGUGUUUCAAUUGUAUUUACCAGUUUUACAAUGUAAAUAGCCUAGAUAGAGUUGGAUGCAGCUGUUUUAUAACUUUGAACAAAUAAAAUCACUUGCUUUCUCUGUAA